UCUGCCUUGUGUUUUGGCCGAGUCAGUUUCGGCCAAGGUCGUUCGCUGGUAUCGGUGCGACCUACUGAGUAAACUUAAGCUGUGACUGACACAUUAAACAGAGUUACUCUGUUCGCUUCUUCUAGUGUUUACAAAACUGGAGAUCUUCUCUCGGACCACAAAAUGAUUGCUAUUCCCGGGUUUCUGCUGGUGUGUGCGGUACUGGCCUUGGUGUAUUAUCUACGGAAAUGGUUUCCGCUGUUCAAGCAAUGGAGACUGUGGCAUGCUGCAUUGGACGACACCGUGCCUCAUUUACCUCUCCAUUGGCUCUUCGGAAGUCUGCCAAAUAUAAAAUCUCAUCGUGAUCUCAUACAUAUGCAUAAGCCGAUCAUCAAUAGCGGGUCCAAGUUUUUUCUCUGGUGGCUGGGGCCGGUUCGGGCCUGUGUAGGGGUCGUGCACCCAGACACUGUGAGACACAUCCUGAAAACCUCGCUACCCAAGUGUAAAUCAGGGGCGGGGUACGACCUUCUCAAGCCAUGGAUAGGCGACGGGCUGUUGCUUAGCGACGGAGAGAAGUGGGAGAGGAACCGGCGACUGCUGACUCCGGCCUUCCACUUCGACAUCUUGCGGCCUUAUGUGAAGAUUUAUAACCAAGUCGCCAAAACGCUGACGAACAAGCUGGCCAGGGAGUGUGAAGGAGGGGGGUACGUGGAGGUGUGUAGACCCUCUGGUCUUGCCACCCUGGAUACCAUGCUUCAGUGUUCGCUAUCAUACAAGGACAACAUCCAGGAGAGAGGCCAGAGUCACCCGUAUGUGAAUGCCGUGGAGAGGCUGUCCCACUUACUGCUAAUCAGAUCUUUGAACAUUGUGUAUCACUAUAGUUAUUUCAUUUAUGGGCUGACUAAAAAUGGGAAGGAAUUCCAGGCACUUUGUGACUAUGCACACUCAUUUUCAUCGAAAAUUAUCAACAGCCGAAGAACUGCUUUGCAAAAUGAUCCUGAUCUUCUGAAGCGAAAGCAUAUCGACUUUCUCGACAUCUUGAUCUCCGCGCGCGAUGAAAACGGCAAGGGUCUGACUGACUCGGAGAUACAAGACGAAGUGGACACGUUCAUGUUCGAAGGCCAUGAUACAACGUCGUCUGCCAUUAGCUGGAUUCUGUACUGUCUAGGAAAGUAUCCCGAGGAACAGGAGAGAGUUCGAGAAGAGGUACUCGACGUGUUGGGAGACAGAGAAGAAAUUGAAUGGGGCGAUUUUGCUAAAAUGACGUACAUGCCAAUGUUUAUUCGAGAGUGCAUGCGAAUGUACCCACCAGUUCCUGCUAUAAGCCGUGAACUGACAGAGGACAUAGAGAUUGAGGGAGUGUUCUUGCCUAAAGGAGUAAUCAUUGACAUUCCUAUCUACAACAUACAUCGCAACCCCCAUGUGUGGAAGGAUCCAGAGGAAUUUCGACCAGAGAGAUUCGAACCUGAAACUUUUGGCGCAAGAGAUCCCUACUGUUUUGUCCCAUUUUCGGCGGGCCCCAGAAACUGCAUAGGUCAGAACUUUGCCAUGAACGAAAUCAAAGUGUUUAUCAGUCAUAUCGUAAUGAAAUUCCAUGUGAAGGAUGACCCCAAAAGGACGCCUGUUGCCGUCUCGGAAGUCGUACUCCGUUCAGAAGAUGGCAUUUACCUCAACUUUACACCACGGAAGUGACAUAACAGCAGUACAUACUGACUGCACUAAAGAAGUUACGUCAUGCAAUUACAGACUAUGUCACAGAAGUGACAAUAUACCAAAUUCGAUAACAAUCAAUAUGCACUACUUCAAUGAUGACUUAAUCAGAUUUUAUUGAUGAAACUUGAAAUUGAUUUUUGUAUGUAAAUACGCCUAUAAACUUUGAAUACAUUUUAUGACUGACUUGCAGAUGAUUUUAUCCAUAACAAAUUGUAUAACUGAAUAUUAUAUAUUCAUAAUGCAGCUAUUGAUCUGUUCAAUAUAUAGACAAAAAUGGCACUUUGAAACUGAAAAUGGCACCUUUUUACAUUUCAACACAUAUAUUGUGUAUUUAACGUGGUGUAAAACUCGACUGGUACCGGUACUGUGCAUAUUAAUUAUUAUGUUGUGCAGCUGUUCUAAUUUCCUUUGUUAUCAGUGUCGAUCCAGGAAGGUUAGAAUGUAGGUGGAGAUGGGGGUGUGCGUCUAUGUACAUUCCGACUUUGUUGGACGAUUCACUGGUUUGUUUUCAUAGUACAAAAAUGUACAUGGUUAUAUUGCCAGGACAUCCAACAAAAACAGGCACCAAUUCACCCACCCCACCCCACCCCACCCAAUGAUUAAAGUCAAAGAGAAGUCUUCUACAUAAACAGAUUAUAAACAUUAUAUUGUUAGGGGGCGGGACGUAGCCCAGUGGUAAAAUGCUCGCCUGAUGCGCUAUCGGUCUAGGAUCGAUCCCCAUCGGUGGACCCAUUGGGCUGUC